AAACAGAUACCCAAGGAUGUGGCUGACAUUUUUAAUGCCCUCAGUGACGAUGAAGAUUUUCUGGGGUUCCAAGAUGAUGGUUCCAGACAGAAGUUGUUGUCAGAGGACAGCUAUGCUAAUUCUGAUUCCUUGGAGUCAGAAAAAAAGGGGGUUCGAUUCCAGUCCAGAUACCUCACAGAAGAACUGCGGAGGAUUUUCACUGAAGACACUGACUCGGAAGCAGAAGUGUUUGAAGGCUUCUCUUCGAGUGAGGUGGAUGGGAACGAGGAAGGAGCUCCAGUAAAGUCAGACCUGAGCGAUGAAGAACGUGAUAAUUUGCACGUGAGCGAAGAAGAGGAGGAAGAGGCAAAGAAGAAAGCUUCUCCCAAGAGAAGAAGCUUUGGCCUUCGUGUUGCCUUGCAGUUUCCCACCAGAAAGUCCUCUGAGAAAAAAAUACCUGAACAGGCUUUUUCUAACUUGCCUGUAAAGGACUCCCUCACACCUCUUUCAAAAGAAAUAAGCUGCAAGCAGUGGGACAAACAAGAGGGCUCAGCUUCAGAGUCUGAAGAAGACAUAAAAGAAACACAGGAGGAAAGUUCUAGUGCUCUGCUUAAGAGAGCCAUGAAUAUUAAAGAAAAUAAAGCCAUG